AUGGAACGGAGGAAAUUUCUAGGUCCUCCUGGACAUUUUCCGUUCAUGAUGGGAAACAUGAAUUUCCCUACCGAUCUGCACGUCACUGCCCCUCGUCAGGAGAUAGUGAAUGUCGAUCCAUUUCUGUCAUGUAAUAGCCGCUUCACUGAUGUGCAGCGUGUUUUGCGGAGCAACAACCCAGGCGCCGCCGCCCAUCUAUCACCGUUCCGUCGUUUCAUGCGUAGUGUAGAUCUCCCACCAAGCAAUUCGAAUCGACGAGUUACCCCCAUCGACGGUUAUGAACGGGUUAUGUUAGAACUCAACGCAUCUGGUGAUGUUCUGAUGGCUGAUGAGAGCAAUUUUGAAAAUUUUCUGCAGCUUACUGUACGAUCCGCGCUUAGUCAAAUGGCCCACGCUGAUCAGGAUAGGAAUUCUCGUAUGUGUUUUUAUUUUUUAAAUCUAUUUUAUACUAGCUUGCAUACUCGGUUACAGCCGCUGAUCUGAAU